AUGGCUUCCAGAUUAGAAGAGGAUCUCUGCUGUCCCGUCUGCCAUGAUGUCUUCAGAGAUCCUGUUGUCCUGUUAUGUAGCCACAGCUUCUGUAAAGACUGUGUGGAGAGCUGGUGGAAAGACAAAGAAGUAAAAGAGUGUCCAGUUUGUAAGAGAAGAUCUUCAAAGGAACAACCACCUUGUAACCUGGCAUUAAAGAACCUGAGUGAGACCUUCUUACAGGAGAGAGAUCAGAGCUCUUCACAUGCUCUCUGCAGUCAGCACUCAGAGAAACUCAGACUCUUUUGUCUGGACCAUCAGCAGCCAGUGUGUCUCAUCUGCAGAGAUUCAGAGAAACACACCGACCACAGAUUCAGACCCAUCGAUGAAGCUGCACCACAACACAAGAAGCAGCUUCAGGAAACUCUGGAGCCCUUGAAGAAGAAGUUACAGAGUUUUGAACGUGUUAAAGUAGAGUUUGAACAAACAGCAGAACACAUUAAGGUCCAGGCCGGACUCACAGAGACGCAGAUCAAGGAGCAGUUUAAAAAGCUUCAUCAGUUUCUGGAGGAGGAAGAGGAGGCCAGGAUGGCUGCACUGAGGGAGGAAGAGGAGCAGAAGAGUCGGAUGAUGAAGGAGAAUAUUGAGUCUCUGAGCAGAGACGUAAAGUCUCUUUCAGACACAAUCAGAACCACAGAGGACGAGCUGAGAGCUGAAGACGUCUCGUUCCUGCUCAACUACAAGGCUGCAGUGGAACGAGUCCAGCAGCACCCCCUGCUGGAUGAUCCACAGCUGGCCCCAGGAGCUCUGAUAGACGAGGCCAAACAUCUGGGCAACCUGAGCUUCAACAUCUGGAACAAGAUGAAGGACGUGGUCUCCUACAGUCCUGUGGUUCUGGACCCAACCUCUGCUAGACCAGGACUCGUCCUGUCUGAAGAUCUGACCAGUUGGAGACUCGGAGCGAGACAGAAGCUUCCUGACAAUCCAGAGAGGGCUGCUAAGAGUGAAAUGACCAUGAAGGGCCAGCUGAGGGCGCUGCAGUGCCACUUCACCUGGGAUCUGGAGCCCGGCAGGAACAAGAGAAUCAAUCUUUUGAGAAUCAGGGACAAGCUGCAGGACAUCGGCACAGAGGGAGGACGCAAGUGGCUGGGACACAUCUACAACCUGCAGGGGUACGUCCACUUCCAGCUGGGGUCCAUUGAAGAAGCCAGGAGCUUCUUCAGCAGAGCCGAGGAGGCCUUCAGGCAGAUGAGAGGAGCAGAGGAGGGUCCCUGGCUGGUGGUGACCUACGGGAACCAGGCCUGGCUGCACCAUCAUCAGGGAGAAGAAGCAGAGAGUCGGGCUUGUCUGUCAAAGAUCGAUGUCCUGACUGAGGAUCCAUCGCAGGACGAGCUGCACCCGGAGAUCUGUGCUGAGAAGGCCUGGACUCUGAUGAAGUUCAGCAGAGAACAGAAGCUUCUGGCAGCUGAUUACUUCCAGAGAGCCAUCCGGAUGCAGCCGGAUGUGGUGGAGUGGCAGAGCAGCCACGUAAUAUUGUUAGUUAACAUGUCCGAACACAGCAGAGCAGUGGUCAAGGAAGACAUCAUGGUGAAGCUGAGAAGAGCCAAGGAACAGGAUCCAGAGAACCUGUACCUCGCUGCCACUUACUUCCUGCAACUGGCUAAGAAAGGAAAACCAGACCAGAGUGGAGCACGAGAGCUAAAAGAGAAGAUUCUGAGAAACCCUGUCAGCAGCUACAGUGGAAUCAAACCUUUGCUGUGGUUUUACAAAACCUUCAUCUCCAUGGACGAGGCUGUGGCUUUGGCAGAAGAGGCUCUGAAGCUACAUCCAGAUGAACGUUAUCUGAAAAGAUGUGUCGCACUCAGCUACAAAUGGAAGAUCUGGGAGAAGGACAGUCGCCCAAGUCAGAGUCUGAUAGAGAAAGGGAUGCGUGCCCAUGAGGAGUUGCUUUCUCUUUAUCCUGAUUCCCCUUUUAUGAAGAGAAUGGACCUUGCAGGUAUUUACGCAAAGUCAGAGAACACGAAUACCAAGGCCAAAGCUGAGGAGAUCUUUCAGCAGCUGCUCGUAGAGGAUCUGGAACCUGAUGAACAACAAGUCGUCUUCAACCUCUACGCAAAACAUCUGUACUUCAUUCAACAGCAGCCUAACAUGUCAAUCCAGUAUCACAUGAAGGCGGUGGAGAUACCAAUCAAGUCCUACUUUCAGAAGAACAGCAUCCAGUUUCUGGAGAAGAUCAGAUACAAGGGGAACCAGGAAGUGGACCGGUUUCUGUCCAGGCUGAAAGAGUUUCAGAAAUAA